AGAAUAGUAAAAAUUUUGUUCACAAAACUUUUUUAUUACGUGUUUUAAUUAUAUGGGGGAUACGACAGUCCGAAUGAGUUUUGGGAACUCGUUGGGUACGCUCACCGGUCAAUGAAAUAAAGUGCGAGUGUCCGUCCAGUUGAUCGGAAAAACAAGAAUACGAUGAUGGCCAUUCGUUUUUGUGGUGUGCAUCACCCGAAUUACGGCAUAACUCAGUUGCAUAAUAGUAAGUUUUUGAGGUCAUACCCAAAUGGGUUUAGUAGAAAAAUCCUAAAAAUCAGAGCUUUAAGAAGGGAGUGGCAAGAAUACGAGGAAGCAGUUAAGGAGAAAGACCUGUCUCGAGCUCUCCGCUUCUUGAGAGAUGAUAUUCCAAUGCAGGUGGGGGAGGUGGAUUGGUAUAAUCUGCAAAGAGAGUGGCAGGUUUUGGAUACAUGCUUAAAUGCGGAUGAUAUGAGGCUUGUUGCCGCUGCCUAUGCUUUUCUCAAGGACAAAGGCCUCCUUCACCAUUUCGGCAAAUACCAAUCUAUUGUUCUGGAAGGGCCACGGGAUGUCACACCAACCGUCUUAAAGUCUUCAACCGGGUUAGAUGUGACCAAACUUUCGCCAAAGAAGUGGGGUCUUGCUGGAACGUCUAGCUUUCUUUUGGCUACAUUGUUUGCUGGAGUCUCAAUUCUGCUGAACCAAGGAAUAGAUAUUAGGCCUAACAUUGCUGCAGUCUUGGGGCUUGCCAUGCUAGAUGCUAUAUUACUUGGUGGUUCCUGCUUAGCACAAAUCUCCAGCUUCUGGCCUCCCUACAAGCGUCGAAUUUGUGUUCAUGAAGCAGGCCAUCUCCUUGUUGCAUACCUGAUGGGUUGUCCAAUUCGUGGUGUAAUUUUAGACCCAAUCGUUGCAAUGCAGAUGGGCAUUCAAGGACAGGCAGGAACACAGUUUUGGGAUGAAAAACUUGAAAAUGAGCUCGCUGAAGGCCGGUUAAGUGGUACGGCAUUUGACAGGUACUGCAUGGUUCUGUUUGCUGGGAUUGCAGCUGAAGCUCUUAUAUAUGGAGAGGCUGAAGGUGGAGAGAAUGAUGAAAAUCUCUUUCGGAGCAUCAGUGUUCUUCUAGAACCCCCACUCUCUGUGGCACAGAUGUCAAAUCAAGCAAGGUGGUCGGUGCUGCAAUCUUAUAAUCUGCUGAAAUGGCACAAGCAAGCACAUAGAGCUGCAGUAAAAGCUAUUGAGAGCGGAUGCAGUCUGAGUAUGGUCAUUAAAAAAGUUGAGGAAGCCAUGUCAAGAUAUUCUUAGUGUUCUCAUUUUGUGUUUAAUUUGUCCAAGCAUAUGUACCGCUAUGAAAUGCCUCGACUGGAGCUAGCAGAAAAGGACCGAAGGUUCUUGGGCCCAUGGAGAUGUCUCGUCUCAGCUUUUGACCUUUCGGUGUGAUAGUUCCCCAAAAGGAACAGGCUAUUUUUCUAUGAUUUAUAGAUGAGCAGCUUUUUGCUGUGAGCUUAGGAACGGAAUUUCAAAAUUAGGGAACAGAGACUCCUCCAUCUAGCAUCAUCCUCCGAUAAAGAUGUCCGAUGGAAAUAUUUAGCUAUUUUUCUCGUAAGAAGCAAGAUUGUUGUAACAGAAGAGUAAAGGAUGAAAGGAAAAGUCUCGGUUGUAAUUUCAUUUGUACAAUAUAUACUGUUAAGCUCA